CGACCGAGAGUGAAGCUAAAACUACACUACGUCAACAGCAUUGCCUCUACCUGUGCCUGGCCGUGGCGGCCCACAUUAUCCGCAUUGCAGCUCAUUAGUAGCGCCAAGUAGCUAGUGUAGAUCGACAAUUCGACGUAGGAGAGAUCGAGAUGCAGGCAUCGCCAGCAGCAGCAGCAGCAGUUGUUAGAGCUCCGGCUUGCGCGACAAUACGCUCUCAUGGCGUCAGGGUCCUGAGGUCCCACGCCUACGACUGGCUGGCGCUGCUCCUCCUGGUCGCCGUCGAAGUCCUCCUCAAUGCCAUCGAGCCGUUCCACCGCUUCGUCGGCGCCGGCAUGAUGGUUGACCUCAGAUAUCCCAUGAAGAGCAACACCGUCCCGGUCUGGGCCGUGCCGAUCAUUGCAGUCAUUGCACCUAUGAUUAUCUUCAUCGUCGUUUACUUCCAGAGGAGGAACGUGUACGAUCUGCACCAUGCUAUACUUGGCAUUCUGUUUUCUGUGCUCAUCACGGGCGUCCUGACCGACGCGAUCAAGGAUGCCGUCGGCCGCCCGCGCCCUGACUUCUUCUGGCGCUGCUUCCCGGAUGGAAUCGCUGUGUACGACAACGUCACCACAAGAGUCAUAUGCAACGGGAUCGCAAGCGUGAUCAAAGAAGGCCACAAGAGCUUCCCAAGUGGCCACACUUCAUGGUCCUUUGCCGGGCUGGGAUUCCUAUCGUGGUACCUCGCCGGGAAGAUCACCGUCUUCGACCGCCGGGGGCAUGUCGCCAAGCUGUGCAUCCUCAUCUUGCCUCUGCUGGUCGCGGUGAUGGUCGCGGUAUCACGGGUUGAUGACUACUGGCACCAUUGGACGGAUGUGUGCACGGGCGGCAUCCUCGGAACGGUGGUCGCCUCUGUUUGCUACCUGCAGUUCUUUCCACCGCCCUCUGAUGAGAAAGGGUUCUGGCCUCACGCGCACUUCAGGCACAUCACCGAGAGCGAAGACGCGAACAGAACGCAGUGUGCUACCGAAAUGAGUAACACCGACUCCAGACCCCUGACCGACUCAACAUCAAUUGUCGUUUGGCAAGAUCAGACGAGAACAAACAUGAGCCGAACGUUAGACGCAAUGGAGUCCGGUACGUUGGAUGCCGCUUCCAGUGUGUAGGGUACU